UUUUCAGUAAUCGUCGUCGUUUUGCCAAAAUCUGUCACACAUUAGUCAUUCCAUCAAACUCCUAGCGAUAGAUUAAAAUAUUAUAGGAGAAAUUUGUUGAAAAUAGGUGUAAAUUUGUAGUUUUAAUCGAUUCAGGUGUCCGCUGGAAGCCCGGAUUGUUCGUGAAAGGCGGAAUACAUUGGAUUUGUGCGGAAUUUCUCGCUGGAAGAGGAGUUUUUUGUGAGGCAUUCGAUCGAGUGGGUGCGACGAUAACAAGGAGCAGAAAAAGAGGAGCAAUGGAUAGCAAAGGCAGGAAUGUAAUCGUCUGCGAUAAUGGAACCGGGUUCGUGAAAUGUGGCUACGCGGGCAGCAACUUUCCCGCGCACAUCUUCCCAUCGAUGGUCGGAAGGCCCAUCAUCCGGGCGGUCAACAAAAUCGGCGACAUCGAAGUCAAGGAUUUACAUGUUGAUGAUCUUAUGGUUGGCGACGAAGCUUCGCAGUUGCGCUCUCUCCUAGAGGUAUCUUAUCCGAUGGAAAAUGGGGUGGUUCGAAACUGGGAAGACAUGUGCCACGUGUGGGAUUAUACAUUUGGACCGAAGAAGAUGAACAUAGAUCCAACCAAUACGAAAAUCUUGCUGACCGAGCCCCCGAUGAAUCCGACCAAGAAUCGGGAGAAGAUGAUCGAAGUCAUGUUCGAAAAGUAUGGAUUCGAUUCGACGUACAUCGCCAUUCAGGCCGUCCUUACGCUGUACGCCCAGGGUCUAAUCAGUGGGGUUGUGAUCGAUUCUGGGGACGGCGUGACGCACAUUUGUCCGGUUUACGAAGAAUUCGCACUGCCACAUCUGACGCGGCGGCUUGACAUUGCCGGUCGCGACAUUACGCGGUAUCUUAUCAAACUGCUGCUGCUGCGUGGAUAUGCUUUCAAUCAUUCCGCCGAUUUCGAAACUGUUCGCAUGAUGAAAGAAAAGCUGUGCUACAUUGGGUAUGACAUAGAAAUGGAACAGCGGCUGGCUUUGGAAACGACCGUCCUCGUGGAAUCAUAUACGCUUCCGGAUGGUCGUGUGAUCAAGGUCGGUGGUGAACGAUUCGAAGCACCGGAAGCUCUCUUCCAGCCCCAUCUAAUCAACGUCGAAGGUCAGGGUAUUGCCGAGUUGGUGUUCUCCACCAUUCAAGCGGCAGACAUCGACAUGCGAUCAGAGUUGUACAAGCACAUUGUGCUGUCCGGUGGAUCCACCAUGUAUCCUGGACUCCCAAGUCGGCUGGAGCGCGAAAUCAAGCAACUCUAUUUGGAGCGCGUACUGAAGAACGAUAGCGAGAAGCUAUCCAAAUUCAAGAUCCGCAUCGAGGAUCCUCCCAGGCGAAAAGAUAUGGUCUUCAUUGGAGGUGCCGUACUAGCCGAAGUAACUAAGGACCGAGACGCAUUCUGGAUGUCCAAAGCUGAGUACCAAGAGCAAGGGUUGAACGUACUAAAGAAGCUCAGUGCGCGGACGAGUAACUAGGCCAAAAAAAAUCACACAAAACUAACUUCAUUUUACUCCUUCACUCAACUGCUGAUUGCAUGCGCCAGUUGGCUUCAUUAUUAUACCGUAUAUGAAGCCGCUAAAGAUAAAAAAAACUAGCUAGUUGCAUUUUCUACCCGAAGGCGUCACACAAACGAAGAAGAC